CGACCAUCUCCAAUUGGAAGUGACUUGUUUUGUUUAAAACAAAGCAAAUUAAAUUAAAAGUUUAUAUAAAAAUAUAUAUGCGGAGUUGCUGUUUGCAAUGAGCUGCUUUGGUUGCGGUCGUAAGUACGGGCUGUUCUGCAAGGAAUAUGGAUGUCCGAACUGCGGCUACUCCUUCUGCUCCAAGUGCCUCAAGAGGCCGAUGCCCGUGCCCCGUCACGCGGGCAAGGUGCUCAAUGUGUGCCUCAUCUGCUACGACAAGCUGUCCAAGCUGCAGGCCAACGCAGAUGCCGAAAAGGUCAUCGAUUGCGAGGCUCUGCCCGGUGUCCUGGUCACCAAGUUCAGCCUGGCACCUCCGUCCAAGGGAGCAGAGGCUUCCGGUGCAGCGGAUGUGCUCUUUGACGAAUCCCCGCCCUCUGAUGAGCUCCCAGAGGCUCUGGUUCCCAGUUCCACGCAUAAAGAUCAUGAAGAUCACAUCGAUGAGAACCUGGACAGCGCACUCACCAAGCGAAUGGCGGACUACAAGCGUGUGGAUGCCACCGAUGACGAGAUUCGCGCCCGUCUCGCCAAUCUCACGGGAAUGCCGCAGAAGAGUAGCUACGAUAGAAAGGAUCUCCUGCUGUCCACUGACCAGAGGAACGAUGAGGAGAAAAUGAGGGAUUUGCUGGCGCAGUUUGUGGAGGAGGCGCACUUAGAUCAGAAUGUCGAUCGCCACAGGGAUGACUCAAUAUCCGACAUUGAGCGACGCCUAAGAGCUCUGCGCGACACGCCCUUGGAUUCGAGCAGCGAUGCAGGCCCAUCGAGAACCCAGAUCCCAGAAGAGGAGGAGCAGGACGACGAGACCCUUUUGCAGAAUAUAAUGAAAAAAUACGUGGAGGAAUCGCGGCUACCAGAAGUUUCGCAGAACGAAAUUAGUCCAAUCAACAGCGAAGUGCCCUCGACGGGCACCGAGGAACUGCCCUGGUGCAACAUCUGCAACGAGGAUGCGGUUCUCCGCUGCCACGGCUGCGGUGGCGAGCUCUUUUGCAACCAAUGCUACAAGGAGUGCCACGACGACGACGAGGAAUACCGGGCUCAUGCCAAGGAGAAGUAUUCGGCGCCGCCAAAGAUAGAGGAAAAUCACUUCUAACUUAAGCUUACUUGACUUUAAGAGAUCUUGUUUUAAUUAUAAAAAUGUUGUUUUGUAGUGCUAGCUCAUUCGUAUCCAUGCAACGUGUGUUGCUCUUCCUUUUUUACUCAUGAAGUGGAAUAGAAACCAAAUUUAUAAACGUG